CAUGGUAGCAUGGAGGAAGAACGCUUGGCUUUUUCGUUUCCGAUUUCCACUGGACUGAGAUAGACCUCGUGGCAUUGACCACCAAGCUACUCUUCAUCUGAAAACGUUUCGCAAAUCUACACUCUCCAGAACACUCUGUUUCUUGUUCGUACUCUUCUGAAGAGGACGAGUGCGAUGAACACAUUGGAGGACAUGGAUUGCGUGUACAAGAAUCCAAAUGAAGCCAUUGAAGCUCGUGUCAAAGACCUUCUCUCCCGAAUGACUCUGAAGGAGAAGAUUGGUCAGAUGACUCAAAUCGACCGUCGCGUUGCAACCCCUUCCGCCAUUAGGGACUUGUCUAUUGGGAGUAUCCUCAGUGCUGGAGGUGGUGGGCCUUUUGAAAAUGCACUGUCGUCGGAUUGGGCUGACAUGGUGGAUGGAUUUCAAAAGUCAGCUCUCGAGUCCAGAUUAGGCAUACCGCUCAUAUAUGGGAUCGAUGCAGUUCAUGGUAAUAAUAGUAUAUACGGUGCCACUAUAUACCCUCACAAUGUUGGCCUCGGAGCUAGUAGAGAUGCAGAUUUAGCUCAAAGAAUUGGGGCUGCAACAGCACUUGAAGUUAGAGCUAGUGGAAUUCACUGUACUUUUGCUCCUUGUGUUGCAGUCUGCAAAGAUCCCAGGUGGGGAAGAUGCUAUGAGAGUUUCGGUGAAGAUACUGAGAUAGUCAAAAAAAUGACCUCCAUAGUUUCAGGCUUGCAGGGCCAGCCUCCACAAGGACAUCAACAUGGUUAUCCGUUUGUGGCUGGAAGGAACAAGGUUAUUGCCUGUGCCAAGCACUUUGUUGGAGAUGGAGGUACUGAGAAAGGCAAAAAUGAAGGAAACACGGAAUCAUCAAUUGAGGAGUUAGAAACAAUCCACAUGGCUCCUUAUUUGGACUGCAUUUCGCAGGGGGUUUCAACCAUUAUGAUUUCUUACUCUAGUUGGAAUGGACGCAAACUCCAUUCUGACCAUUACCUUAUUACUGAAAUUUUGAAAGGAAAGCUAGGUUUUAAGGGUUUUGUAAUUUCUGACUGGGAGGCACUUGAACGGCUUUGGUCAGAGUACCCAAAUAGCAUCCCCAUUGGAUCAGAUUACGGAAACUGCAUCUUGUCAGCUGUUAAUGCUGGAAUUGACAUGGUGAUGGUGCCUUUUAGAUUCCAACUAUUUAUGGAAGAGUUAACCUCCCUGGUAGAAUCUGGGAAAGUACCAAUAGCCAGAAUUGACGAUGCCGUUGAGCGAAUUUUGAGAGUGAAAUUUGUUGCUGGUCUUUUUGAAUCCCCUUUGUCUGACAGAUCGUUGCUAGAUAUAGUUGGCUGCAAGCAACAUAGAGAUCUUGGACGUGAAGCAGUUCGAAAGUCCUUGGUUCUGUUGAAAAAUGGAAAGCAUCAUAGCAAACCUUUUCUCCCUUUAAAUAGAAAAGCCAAGAGGAUUCUUGUAGCCGGAACACAUGCAGAUGAUCUCGGGUAUCAAUGUGGAGGCUGGACUAAAACUUGGUUUGGAUUGAGUGGGCGGAUUACAAUUGGGACAACGCUCUUGGAUGCCAUUAAGGAAGCUAUAGGAGAUGAAACAGAAAUUAUUUAUGAGCAGAAUCCAUCAACCAAUACCCUAGAACGCGGUGACAUAUCUUUUGCCAUUGUAGCUGUUGGUGAAGCUCCUUAUGCUGAGUCACCGGGUGACAAUUCUGAGCUUGUAAUCCCCUUGAAUGGGCCCCACAUUAUUAGUUCAGUCGCAGAUAAAUUCCCAACACUUGUUAUUCUGAUGUCUGGAAGACCCUUAGUGUUAGAGCCAUGGCUGUUAGAAAAGAUUGAUGCUCUUGUUGCUGCUUGGUUACCUGGCACUGAAGGUCAGGGAAUCACAGAUGUUAUCUUUGGGGAUCAUGACUUCAAGGGUCAGCUUCCUGUGACGUGGUUUAGAAGGGUUGAGGAUCUUGAUCAACCAAAUUAUGGGGUUAAAAUGCACGAUCCUUUAUUUCCACUUGGCUUUGGGUUGACAUAUCCUAAGGACUAAAACUUCAUUUUGGUCAAAGUGGAUCUUCUGCAAUCAUACAAUUACACAUUCCUGAGGAGAGAGACAACUCAUUCUCAUUCCUAUUUAUCUCUUUGUGGUUGUACUAUUUUUCAUUUAUUUUUGUUAUUGCAGAAGAUCUGUAUUGCAUUUUGAUGUUGAGAAGUUGUUUUAUAUAAUUGUUGUAUUAAUAGGAAACGGUUGGAAUAAAAUUAUAUUGUUAGCACCAAAGUGAUGCGGAAUAACAUUUAAGGAGUCAAUUGAUAUUGAAAUAA